GUGAAAGUAAAAGUGCUUCUCUGACAGUAAGAGGACGAACCAGAAAAACAAGAAGCAACAAUUAUUAGGUAAAUGUCUGUAAUAGUUUAGGAUAAUCCUCAUUGAGUCUCGGAUGCGUCGAAGAGAAACCACUGGAAGAAACAUGUCCCAGCAGCGUGACACUGGCUGUGGGAGAAGGUUUUAUGUCUUAGUAGCAGGUAAAACUGAAGGGGCUCAUCACUCCAUUGUUGGCAAGCUGAGGAACGCGGGCCAAGUUGAAGUUUACUCUCAUAGAGACUGUGACUGCGUCCUGGUGAUCUGUCCAAUCGCUUCACGUGUCCAGACAGACAUCACAGAGGCUCUCAACAAGGCUCCGAACGACAAGCCCAUCAUUCUGGUGGUGAUGCAUCACACAUUCAACCCCAACCACAUCAUAGCUGAGAGCAGGAGGCAGGUGCAUCACCAGAACGUCCGCCUCACCGUGGAUUACUUUUUCCAUCAGGGUAAAAUCCUCAACUGUAGCCGUAAUGACAUAUCAUGGCGUGAAAUCCAGAAGUUUCUCGGUAUUUCCAGGAACUCUUUCCUGCAAUCUCUGAUUAAAGGUGUAAAGAAAUAUAAAAAUGUCAUACUUAUUGCCAUUGUCGUUGUUGGGUCUGCAGUUGUUGUCACAACGGCCAUCUCCAUGGUUGCAACACAUAAAUAUCCCUGACCUGCAGAAACUGAUUCGAUUCUUUCUUUUAAAAAGUUCUCAUCCUAUGAAGAUGUUUCAGACGAACUGAAAAUUUAGGAAACACUUUAUUUGACGGGUUGUGAAUAAGACUGUCUGGAACAUGAAUAAGUCUUCAUGAAUAUUUAUGACUGUUGUCAUAAAGUGUCAUUUGGUAAAUUAUGACACUUUUAAUACAAAGUUGACAUAAUUUGUUAUGACAACUUGACAUUAACCAAGAAAUCAUAAUCUGAUAUCAAUUUGUUAUAAAGGUAUUACUGAUUAAACUUUAGCUUUAAUAACAUGAAGCUGCAUAAUUCAUAACGUCUUAAUAGGAUGAGAACUUUAUUGUUGGAUGAAAAGAUGUAAAGGCAGAAAAUUUGAUCACUUUUUAUAACUAUGGAUGGAUGUUGUUCUUAAAUUAAAAAGAAAUGAAAGUU